CUUUGGAAGAUUAGAAGAAGCCGAAGAAAUUCCAUGUAAAGUGACGACAAAAGACUCCUACCAGGAUUUGCAAGCCUAGGCCCAAGUUACGACAAGUCUGUCUUGUCUUAUCUUUUCAGGCUGUGGUGGAAUGAACACUGCAACAACUCUUCCCUCCCUCGUUCUGCAGCACGCAUCUCGCAUGGGUCGCCGAGUCCAGCCCCCUCUUCCCUCCCCACCGUCAUGCCGCCUGUUGACAUUUCUCCUAUUAGCGUUCUGAGCACCUUAUCCAUCCCCCUACUUGUUUCGGGUCUGCUAGCAAUGGGCCUGUUUUCCUGGGCUCGCCCGCGUGGUCGGGUCUCUUUCUAUAGUGCCAAAGACAACAACCUCAUCUUGACCCGGAAAAAUGGCAAGUCUGGUGCCAAGGAACAGGUGGCGCUGGUCGAUCUCUGUCGUACAGCCACACCAGCGACCUGUGAUCUCAACCCUUUCCUCUUCAAUGGUCACUUACAGACUGCCUGGACCCUAGUCAAGUAUGAUAAUGUUCCGGUUCACUACAAGAGAUGGAUGUUCGAGGCGGACAACCAGUUGUUUGAUGGGCAUUUUGCGGUGGAUUUUGUCGUAGAUCCCUACGAGCCAUCCAAGAAUGACCAGACAUCUGACCCCGAAAGAAAAUACACACUGCCCGAGGGCCUCCCGGAAAGAACCUCUUUCUUCACUGAAGACGAAUUCAAGGCGCUCCCGUCGGACGAUACGAAGCCCAUGCUGGUGGUUCUUCACGGCCUGAGCGGCGGAUCACAUGAGGUAUACCUGCGUCAUGUGAUUGCGCCCAUGAUCCAGGAUAAAUCCUGGGAAGCGUGCGUUAUCAAUUCCCGAGGCUGUUCACAGACCAAGAUCACCACUAAUAUACUCUACAAUGCGCGCGCCACAUGGGAUGUUCGCCAGGCCGUCAAGUGGCUACGGAAGACCUUCCCGAACCGGCCUCUCUUCGGACUCGGCUUCUCCUUGGGUGCAAACAUCCUCACCAACUAUUUGGGUGAAGAAGGGGAUGAUUGCCAGUUGAAGGCAGCGGUGCUCUGUGCUAGCCCCUGGAAUCUAGAGGUCAGCUCGGAAUCCCUGAAGAGCAGCUGGCUUGGGCUUCAGGCAUACAGUAAGGUGAUGGGAUCAAGCAUGAAGAAACUCUUUGAGCAACACGCCGAAUCAGUUGCCUUGAAUCCACUCGUUAACGUAGAGGAAAUCAGAAAUAUUACUUACCUACACGAAUUUGACCGAGCGCUGCAAUGCCCUGCAUGGGGAUAUCCCACCGAAGGUGCCUACUAUCGCGAUGCCUCUUCCAUCGACGCUAUGCUUGGCAUCAAGAUCCCUUUCUUCGUUAUUCAAGCCGAAGACGACCCGAUCGCUUGUGCAAAAGCCCUACCGUUCGGCGAGAUUGCCAGGACUCCGUAUGGUGUCAUGGCGAUGACCUCCUGGGGAGGACAUCUUGGCUGGUUUGAGUUUGGUGGUGACAGGUGGUUUGUUAAACCGGUGUCCAAUUUCCUGAAUAUAAUGGCUAAGGAGGUGGACCACACCUUUCCUGGCAAGGUGGAGCACCCUGAUCGCCUGCCGCCAUACAUUGCGCGACCUGCACAAGACAGCGAUAAGACCCCUAAGCCGCUUUUUGGUCCCGUGCGGCGCAAGCUGGAUAUCAAGAUUGUACCAUCUUCUCCGUAAUCUCGCGACAGGCGCGAAUAUAUCUCAUCACCGCGGACUUCAAGUGGGCACACAUCCAAUCAAAAGAUGGCUCAUCAUGAGUUACGCAUGCAAUUGUUUUGGCAGGAUAUAGACCGUUGAAACGCCAGAGACCCAUCUAGAUACAUAGACCUGAUAUAGACAGCAUUACUUUUAUACAGCAAAAAUUAUCAAGCAAAUGAAACGCUCUUUCUCUUUCC